AUGUCAGCAGAUCACUAUUCGCUUAGGGACGCCAUUGGUAACGUUGAGAUACUUGAUGAUUUGCUUCUCCCAGAUGAUCAACCCUCUAUUGAAGCUAGACCAUUACCUCUAUUAUGUCGCACAAACUUCGAUACGAACUUCGAAGACCGAAGCGCUUAUGUCACAGGAGUUUCAAAGUAUAUUGAAGAAGCCACUAGGCAUUCUGAGUUUAACAUAAUGCUCGAAGAAGGUUUGAACCACGCCGCUAACUUGUACACAUGGAGAUGUUGCUCACGGGCUGUUCCCAUGGCGAAAUCUAACGAUCAACCUAACAGAGUAGAGAUAAAUUUGAAAGUUGUCGAAGUCCUGAAACCAGAAGUUGACAAGCUUUACGCUUUCAUGCAUUUCACCAACAGAGCGAUAGUUCGUUUCUUCGAUGAGGUUAAAAGACUUUGUCAUACGGAGAAACGUAAAGAUUUUGUAUCUGAAGCUUAUCUAUUAACAUUGGGAAAAUUCCUCAAUAUGUUCGCUGUAUUAGACGAAUUGAAGAACAUGAAAGCUUCGAUUAAAAAUGAUUUUUCAACUUACAGAAGAUCUGCUCAAUUUUUACAAGUAAUGUCUGACACUCAAACUAUUCACGAUAUGCAGAACUUGAGUAUGUUUUUGGCGACGCAAAACAAAAUCAAAGACACACUGAGGGAUGAAAUGGUCAAGAUUGAAGGUUACGAAGAAUUGUUGGCGGACGUUGUGAACAUUUGUGCUCAUAUGUUCGAAAACCAGUUAUAUCUCAAUCCCUCCGAACGCCAUAUGUUCGUAAAAGUAAUCGCUUUCUCUCUAUUUCUCAUGGAUGGAGGUAAUUCGAAUGUAUCUAAGCUAGAUCAGAAAAAGAAAUUGUCCAUUUCUCGACUGGACAAAGUUUUCAAAAGUUUGGAGGUUGUUCCUUUAUAUGGAGAUAUGCAAAUUCAACCUUUCUCAUUCGUGAGGCGAUCACAAUUCUAUGAUUCCAAGCAAUGGCCUCUUAGUGAUAAAGAAGGUGAUCGAUGUCAUGUAAAUAUCGCAGCGAAAAUCAAGUUGGCAAGGGGUGAUCACGAGUCCUAUGUCACCCAAUUAGCAAAAGUUAACAAUGAGGUAGCAAUCAGCGACAGAGCUCUUGGUUCUGACGAAGAAAAUAGAAAACUGACCUCACUAUCAUUGAGCGGAGUUCAGCUGCUAACCCAAUGGACUUCCGAUGUUGUCGAAACCAUCAGUUGGAAGUUGCUACACCCUACAAAUUCAAGGGAAAACAAAGAUUGUCCACAAGAUGCUGAAGAGUAUGAGAGAGCCACAAGAUACAAUUAUUCGCCAAUUGAAAAAUCUGCGCUUAUUCAAAUGAUUUCUAUGAUCAAAGGAUUACAAGCAUUAUUAGGGAAGAUGGAACCUGCUUUAUCAAAUGCUAUUCGACGACACAUCUACACCGAGCUACAAAGUUUUGUACAACUUGCUCUGGCCGAGCCUCUCCAGAAAGCUGUGAAGAACAAAAAAGAUCUUCUGGCCAACAUUAUCCAAUCGGUCAGAGAUACAUGCAUGGAUACUUUGGCUGGGUUUGACACUAGACCUGUUGAGAAACCGAAGAAGAAACAAGGGAAAGAUUCCAACAGCAGUUCAGCUAGUGAUCUGCGAAUCCCACGAAGAGCAGCUCCUCCCGCUCCGAGUAGCACGCAGCUUUAUAUGGUGCGAACACAACUAGAGUCAUUGAUUUCGGAAAGGUGCAGUGGAGGAAAGAAAGUGUUGAGGAAAGAAUUGGAUGCAAAAACUAUUGAGCGUAUCAGUGUCUUCCUCAGAAAAUCUACCCAUUGGCCAGCGCUAUUCCAGCUCUCCGAUACUCUUCAAAACGCUGGAGAACUAAGCCAAUUAUGGUUCAGAGAGUUUUAUCUUGAAAUGACGAUGGGAAGUCGUAUCCAAUUUCCGAUUGAAAUGUCAAUGCCUUGGAUUCUAACAGACCACAUACUAACAUCCGGAGAUUUGGCCUUAUUAGAAGGAGCAUUAUACCAAUUGGAUCUUUAUAAUGAUGCAGCUAACUACAGUCUCUUCAAUUUCAAGAAGCAGUUCCUGUAUGACGAGGUCGAAGCGGAGGUCAAUCUUUGUUUUGACCAGUUCGUUUACAAGCUUUCCGAUAUGGUUUUUGUACAUUAUAAACAAAUGGCAUCCUGCAUGAUGCUUGAUAAGAAGUUCAAACAAGAUAUUAACAAAGCUGGUUUGUCUGUCAGAACUCCUGGUGCUGGUAGAUACGACAGCAUUUUGAGUCAACGACAUGUUCAACUGUUGGGACGACCUGUUGAUCUCAACAGAUUACUGUCACAACGAGUGAACAUUGCAUUAUUGAAAGCUUUAGAUAGUGCUAUAUGGCAAUUUGAAGGCAAUCAGUUAUCUUCAAUUAUCGAAUUAGAUUACGCUAUUGAAACAAACCGACUUUGUCAUUCUCUCUUGAAGGAAAGACUGUUUUCUGUUGCUGAUUUCAGUGACUUGUUACAAGAAGCAAACCACAACGUGUCUGCUCCUCAUGGACGGAUUACUCUGCAUGUUUUCUGGGAGCUAAACUAUGAUUUUGUAAUAAACUACCAAUAUAAUAGCUCCACACAUAGAUUUGUGCGGUCAAGAAAAACAUUCCGAAAGACUCCAGCUCGAGAAAGACCACCUGCAGUUACUGCUCAAUAUCAAUGGGGUUCCAAAUCACUGAACGCUGCUUUCAUAAAUAUAUUCCAUGCAUAUCAAUCGUUUAUAGGAAUACAGCACAUGAAGGCUAUAGCCCAUCUCCUACAGUAUCAAGGAAUCGCUGUAGUUCUAGAUGAGCUACUGAAACUUGCCAAUCAACUACUCACAGGAAAGCUCAGAAGCAAACUAUUGUCUUUGUCGAAUGUAAUGCCCAAAGUCUGUAAGCUUCCACGAAGUGAUUAUGGCAGUCCAGGCCUGUUGAAAUAUUUUAUGCAUCAUUUGGAAGCUAUUGGACAACAUCCCGAACUACGUGUGCUGUUGGAGGAAGUGGCUCUUAGUUGCUUCCUUCAUCAGUCGAAUAUUGCCAUCGGUCCACGAAGCUAUCAUAUGAUGAUUGUCUAA